AUGAACCGAUCUACAAAUCCAAUUAUUAACGUUCAAUCACAAAGUAAUAAUGGCCAGCUACAAAGUCCGCAGAAUAUUGGUGGACCACGAAAUGCUAAUGGCCAACUUCAAAGAACCACAAAUAUUGGGAUGCUGCCUAUAAGACCUCAGAACACUGCAAAUCUAUUCACUGGUACUUAUACUUCCGUUCAGCAAUAUGCUGAUUUAAUUAACGGCACAGAUCCAUUCACUAGAACGCAAGGUGUAGAAAAUUUGCCACCACAGAGCAUCCGAUUUUCAACGCUACUGUUUUCAGGAGUUUCUUUCUCAUAA